UGCUUUCGGAUACUAAUUCGUUCUUAAGCAUUAUUUCUGUUGCUACUAAGAAAAUAUACCCAUUUAUAGAAAAUAUGUAUUAGCUGGAAACCAGAAAAUUAUAAAACAUUCAAAUAAUUGCAGCUUACACCAUUAUUGCUUGUGUAUCACAUCAAUUUUUGACGUUUGUUGCCGUGGGGGGAGGACCAGAGUUGGCUGCACUGGUUGUUGAAACGAAGAGAGGGACGCCUUCGCUCUCAGCCGGAAUAUUGUUUAUAUUUUCUAUUUACAUUUUCCUAUGAGUGCAUAUGAACAAGGGGAACAGCUUUACUUGGAUAGUUACACUUUAAAGAAUUCCGUUGGAUUUCCUCGGAUUUCUGGAUUUUGUAUUACUUCUGUACCAAUACUGUUGUUGUGGAGGUGUAAGAUUAGGUCUCUCUCACUCCCCGCCUGCCUCCCUGUCCCCUCAGGAUUACAGUCAUGAGUGCAGUUGAAGCUGAACACUUUUCUCUUAGGUGGAAUAAUUUUCAUAGCAAUUUAGCUACUGGUUUCCAUGCUCUGUUAGAAGAAGUUGACCUCGUUGAUGUUACUAUAGCUGCUGAGGGACAGUUUGUGCAGGCUCAUAAGAUAGUGCUGUCCGUUUCCAGCCCAUAUUUCAAAGAGCUAUUUAAGGUCAAUCCAUGCAAACACCCAAUAGUAAUACUCAAAGAUGUUUGCCACAAGGAAUUAGUGGCAAUACUACAGUUCAUGUACCAAGGAGAGGUGAAUGUGAGGCAAGAAGAACUGGGAGCUUUCUUGAAAACUGCAGAAUUACUGCAGAUCAAGGGACUCACUGGGAAUGAACCACCUUCAGAAGAUGUACCACCAACACCCAGGAUGCGCAUGAAACCUGAUCCUCCCAUCAGCUCAGAAGAAAAUGCACCUCGUGCCUACAAACGUCAGCGUACUGAAAUGCCUGUGCAGAGUGCUAUGAGGACACCACCGAACACAUCGUCUCGUGUCAUGUCACCAGCACCACAUCCGGCUCCGCCUCCAGUGACAACUCAGCCUCCAACACCAGCCCAGCCACCGGCGCCAGUACAAGCUCCAGUACCGCCUCCAGCUUCAGCCGCAGCUCCCAAUCCAGUUAGUGUUCCAAAAGUAGCACCACCGAGUCCCGAAACCAUUGCAGAAGAGUCACUUCCAUUUGAUAUGCGCGAUGAACACAGACCGAAGGAAGAACCGGCUGAUUAUGAAUCAGACAUUGAAGAAAUUGAGUGCAAAGUGGUACAGAGUAGCAGCUCUCUGAACCAAUUACUGCAUGGAGAGAGCAGUAUGCUGAGUCAAGGUUCUCCACAGAAUUCAUCAAAUUUAUUCGCCUCACUAACUGGGAUUUCACAAGAUUCUGGCAGUUCUCAGGAUGGUGCUCAAGAAUCAGGAAGACUGGACUGCGCACUGUGCCACCGUAGUUUUUGUAAUAAAUUCAACUUGACAGUCCAUGUGAAGAAUGCACAUGGAGCCGAUCGUGGACCAUUUCUUUGCACAGUAUGUGGUCGGCGUGUGAAGAAUAGAAAUACACUUCGUGUCCAUAUGCACAUAUAUCAUCGAUAUAAUACUGUUUCCAAUUAAAGAGCACAAUGUAAAUUUUGUAAAGAUUAAUACACAUGGGAAAUUCACAGUACCUGACAUUGCAAAUGUGUCUUAUCAACUUUCUAGUCAAGUAGGAUUGGUUUUCAUAAACCUGCUUUUAAUAAUUUAGUAAGACAGAUGAUACCAUAACCUGUCGAUAUUUAAGUCACUCAGGAUGAUAGCUAAAAUACAGAUCGUGAAGAGGUAUCCUUACACGGAGUUCUGUCAAAUCAACUCAUUAAUAUAUACUUCUGGAUAUUUAUUUUACAUGUAUGUGGAUUUUGCAAAAGGUACAUUUGCUUUAGAUUUUUGGCAUCAUAUAGUGAAUGAUAUAUUUGAUAUGAGUUAAUGUAUUCACGUAUCUGCUUAGUGCUGUAGAGACAAAGUAUGAUGUGUCACAGAUAGGUAAAAAUGUGGAUUGAACAUGUGCAACUUGAAAAUUUUAUGAAACAAUUUCAAAGGACUUUUUUGCUUUGUCAUUAAUAUUAAUUUUAUACUCUUAGUGGCAAAGAUUUCUAAGGGCACAGUUACUGUUGUGAUAGCAAUUUCUCA